GGUUUUGAAAAAUCCACACCGGUGACCGUUCUAUACUAGGUAUUUAAUUUACCAGUGGCGCUUCACCAAAAUAGGUAAGAUUUGGUCCUACUAGUAUACUACCUAUCAUCUGGCGCAUAUGUGAUGUCAAACUCAAGAAGCCAGCGUGCUGCCAUUCUUCUCCUCGAGUCCCAAAUUCGUCGCAAAGCGCUAGAAUGUCGUCUGGCCAUGGUGGUGGUGCUAAAACGUCACGAGGGACACCUCUCAAGCUGAUCAAUUGUCAAAUUGUAAACAUCCCUGCUAAAAGUGAAGCGCAUGUUGGGACCAGAUGGGGCACUAUCUACAUUGAAGCUGGCCUCGUUCAAAGAGUUGAAUAUGAGCCGACCACGAUGUCGCCAGUUGCCAUGCAACGCAUCGACCCAGAGUGUAUGGAUGCUGCAAGCUGGACAGAGGUGGACGUUGGGGGUGCGUAUGUGCUCCCUGGCUUCUGUGAUGCACAUGUGCAUGUGACGGCAGUGACGGCCGAUCUGAAGGCCAUUGCUUCUCUACCGCCCUCUUUGGUAACCGCGCGCUCUUCCAUAAUCCUUCGAGACAUGCUCUUCCGAGGCUUUACAACGGUCAGGGAUGCGGGCGGUUGCGACUGGGGCCUGGCUAAAGCAGUUGAUGAGGGCACACUCAUUGGGCCCCGUAUCCUCUUCAGCGGACACGCUCUGUCUCAGACUGGGGGUCAUGGCGACAUGCGCGAGCGCGGGGACGAGGCCCUCGUGUCGUGCGGCUGCUGCCACGGCACCAACGUGACCCUGGGCCGCGUGUGCGACGGCGUGCCCGAGGUGCGCAAAGCGGCCCGGGAUGAGCUGCGCAAGGGGGCCUCGCAGAUCAAGAUCAUGGCCAGCGGGGGGGUGGCCUCGCCGACCGACCGGCUGAGCAACCUGCAGUUUUCGAUUGAAGAGACGAAAGCCCUCGUUGAGGAGGCUUCCAACGCGGGGACCUACGUGUGCGCCCAUGCCUACACCGCCCAAGCCAUUAGACGAGCACUUGAGUGCGGUGUCCGGAGCAUCGAGCAUGGGAAUUUGAUCGAUGCGGAGACUCUGGACCUGCUGAUCGCCAAGGACGCCUUCCUGGUACCCACUCUAGUUACGUAUGACAGGAUACGAGCAGAGGGCGUCGAGGCAGGCAUGCCGGCGGCACUCGUAGACAAGGUGGCCGACAUCCUGGAGCGGGGCGUGGAAGCUCUCGCACUGGCGGACGGCAAGGGCGCCCAGAUCUGCUUCGGCAGCGACCUGCUCGGGACCAUGCACAAGCACCAGUCGGCGGAGUUCGCCAUCCGCAGCCGAGUGCAGACGCCCGAGGCGAUUCUCCGAAGCGCCACCGCCACCUUCGCGGAGCUGACGGGCCUGCAGGGGAAGGUGGGCUGCAUCGCGGAAGGAGCCUAUGCUGAUCUCGUUGUCGUGGCCAAAGAGAAAAGUCCGCUAGACGACAUUACGGUCUUGUGCAACCCGGAAAGCAUUCUCAUGGUUGUUAAAGACGGCCGCAUAGAGCUAGAUCGACGGCGAAAACAGUGAUAUGGUUGAACGGAUUGGUUGAUUUAGAAGCAGAAAAUAUCGAUUGUUGGCGCCCGCAAUAUCCCGUUUCUUCGGCAGAUACCGACGAUGCAUGCCUUUUCGAAGAUGAAAUCAGUGAC